AUGAUCGAACGUUCGUCGGAAAUCUCCCGGUGGGAGGAUAUUUACGUUGGGCCGUUGGCUAAGAAAGCUGGAGAAUUCAUACCUCUUCUCCUCUACCUUUAUCUUAAAGCUACUCCUCAGCAUUUUCCGUCGCAGCUGGCGUCGAUUUUGAGUAAUCAUAAAGCAAACCAGAGCUACGAGAACAAAGAUCAUCUUGUCCUGCGCAUAGAAGCGUCCAUCUGUACAAAGGAUGCAUCUCGUUCAGCUCUGCCUGACUCAGUACUUCUGGGUUCCAUUGAUCCUAAGAAUGGACAAGUGAUUCCAUAUUCGCCAAUCACGCCGACUGCUACUCCACCUCGAGAGGAUAAAACGGACGAGAACACACCGCUGACUCCCAGAUCAAUCCAAAAUGAGGAAGUGCAUCCGCCCAAACGUCAUAAGACGGUCAGCGGUUUGCGCCCAUCCGUGCAUCUUCAGCCGGACGGGACAACAGUAGAGUCUCCAGAGCCAGACCAUAGUGGCGAUACUUCUUCCAUAGAGGAUCAAGAUACGGCCUCUGUAUCAGUACGGCAGGUCCAUAGUGACACCGGAUUUCCGCAGCGCAGAAAAGCCGGACAAGAUUACGCCGCGCCGGUCCUGGAGCCCACAUCAACCGAUAAGUUGAUCGCGGGAAUCUGGAGACAGAUGUACUCACCUGUGGUUGAACCCACGAUUAACAUCCGCACUGGUGUCAGUGGAGAUGUCUUCCGAGCUGUCAACACUCUAUGCAUGAAAUACUACAACCAGAGUCAGUCGUCUCGCGCCCUGGAGAUGAUCGUCCAGGCCUACUGGAUUGAAUGCUAUGAAGCACGUAUUGCCGUCAUCCGGCUGGAGAAUCCGCAUUUGUCCAGCACUGAAGCACGAAUGACCGCGCUGAAAGAGGCCUGUGCAGUCCUCAACUGGAAGGAGAAGGAUCUCCGAAACAGAAUGCGCUGGCCCAGCCUGAUCUUCGCCAGCUCGGGUGUCUAUCGAUUCUGCAAAUACCGCACCGGCUUCGGAGAGGGUUUCUCGACUCGUCUGCGCCAUAUCCGGUCGAGUCUGGAAGUUGCGGCGGAUACUCUCCACCCCGAAUGGAGGGAUCUGUUGCACGUCAUCGGCCAGGGGGAUUCCCGGCGCCAGUAUCAUGGCCAUCCCCACGAAUGGGUGACAGUGACGGGAGAGCCUGCACUACCCCUGAACGCAACCUAUGCGCACCUAAACCUGCCGAACGGGUUUCAUUAUCGCUUCAUUGACGAGUGUGUGCUCGAUACGACAGUAUUCGGGUCAGAAGAUCCCCGUCGCGUACCCGAUCUGGAUCCGGAUAUCUGCCAGGUCUGCAAGUCCAAACAGGCGGACGACGUCGAACAGAACCAAUGCUCGUGUUUCCCGGCGCUUUUCGGCGGCGUCAAGGGACGUGACCCGGUGCAGAUAUUCAGUACCGCCAGCGGAAAGAACAACGGCGUAGUGGCGCGUGUGAACUUUGACCGCGGGGCGGCAAUCAGCGAAUUCGUCGGGCUCAUAACAAACGGUAUCUCCGGCGUGGAUGUCAUGGUAGGUGGCACGAAGGACAGGACGUACCAGAUCUACCAGGGCGAGAUGGGCAACUUCACCCGGUUUAUCAACCAUUCAUGCUGCCCAAACAGCCAGUUCCAGCGAUUCUACUGGCGCGGCCAGGAGCGGAUCAUUGUGGUUUCGCGAGGUAUAGUAGCGGGGAGAGAGAUCACGGUCGAAUACUCGGAUCAUUAUUGGAAGCAGUUGAAUAAGGUCUGCCUGUGUGGGGAGUUGUGUUGUCGAUUUAGAGGGUCGAAUCGGUGA